AUGGGCCGGAGGAAAGCGCCGGGUUCUGGGUCCCUCGGCCGGGCACUUAUACGGCAUCAGACUCAGGGGAGCCGUCGGCACCGUCACACCGACUCCUGGUUGCACACAAGUGAACUCAAUGAUGGCUAUGACUGGGGUCGUCUUAAUCUUCAGUCAGUGACUGAACAGAGCUCCCUUGAUGACUUCCUUGCAACUGCAGAACUUGCAGGAACAGAGUUUGUAGCUGAGAAGCUUAAUAUUAAGUUUGUGCUUCCUGAGGCUAAAACUGGACUGCUGUCUUCUGAGGAGAGCCAGAGAAUUAAGAAGCUCCAUGAAGAAAACAAACAGUUCUUGUGUAUACCAAGGAGACCAAAGUGGGACAAAAACACCAGCUCCGAAGAACUCAAACAGGCAGAAAAAGAUAACUUUCUAGAAUGGAGACGUCAGCUUGUCCGCCAGGCUAGAAGAGGAACAAAAGCUGAUAUUGACUCCAUUUGA